AUGAUUUUUGCAGAUGCAUGGAAAGAUUUCUCAGAAUAUUCUGAAGAAAGCUCGAUUCAUUCAAUGCAGUACAUUGGGAGACAACAUCUGCACUUUUUUGAAAGGUUGUUUUGGAUUUGUGCAUUUUUGUUUUCCUUUUCUGCAUGUUCCUAUUUGAUCUACCGAACCUAUGACCGAUGGGUAAACGAUCCCGUUCUAUUUACUUUUAAUAAGCAACCGACACCAACUUGGAAGAUUCCAUUCCCAGCACUCACCAUUUGUCCUGAUGCAAAGAUCAAUGUGGAUUUGUUCAAUCUGUCAGAAGCCUUGAAUAUUGCCGACACAUAUGGAUACAUGAAUGAUGAAAAAAUGGCAAAAUUUCAGUCGAUUUAUCAAAUUUGUGAUGGUAUAAAAACCUACCCGAGAUCAUUUUUUUUAAGUGAUGAAGUGUCGAAUAAGAGCCAUGCUAGGCGUCUUAUCGAAAUGACCAAUGAAAUUUUAAUCAACGCUCGAUAUAUUAGCAAUGAAGAUCGUAAGGAAACAUUUCAUAAAAUUGUCACAAAUGAAGGCGUCUGUCAUACGUUUAACAUGUUGGAUGAAAAAGAUCUUUAUCGUAAAGUUAUGGCUCAGAGAUUGCGAUUUCCAAAACAUGGAGAACGUUCACAUUGGUCAAAUUUUGGCUAUGGGAAUGACAAAAAACCAGAAACUUAUCCGCAUAGAAUUUUAGGGUCUGGGAAGAAAGCUGGGCUGACAGUUCUUUUGGGUAUGAGAAAGAAAGACAUCGACUUUGCUUGCAGUAAUGGAACAGCAGGCUUCCGAUUAACACUUCAUACACCUGAUGAAUUUCCACGCCCGGAUUUUAAAUACUUAACUAUCCCCUUCAACAUGAUGUCACUCAUUUCUGUUAUCCCUCAAGUGUUAACAACGUCAAAGAACCUCAAAAAUUAUGAACCUAGAAAGCGAAAAUGUUAUUUUCAAGGAGAAAAACAAUUGAAGUUCUUCAAACAUUACACUCAAUCAAAUUGCAAGCUUGAAUGUCUGACAGAAUUCGUGAGAAAGAAAUGUGGUUGCGUUAAAUUUUCAAUGCCUCAUGAAAAUACAACAAAAAUGUGCACUUCAACUGAUAUCAAGUGUAUGGAAACGGCGGAAAGUGAUUUAAUAAUGAGUGAGUUGGAGAAAAAAAUAAAAGAAGAUGUUACGAAAGCUGCAUCUCCACCUAUGGUCGUGAAUUCUCCUGUAAUACCAAUCAUGGUAUCUAAUAUGAAACUGAAGAAAGUUAGCGAGACAAAAGCAUGCGGCUGUCUUCCUUCAUGUUCUUCAAUCUUUUAUAACACUGAAAUGUCACAAACUCUUUUUGACGUUGUGCAAUCACAGAGAGAUGUUGCCAGUGACCGAUCGAAGACAGAAGAAUUCAAAGAUAAAGCUGACGAUUACAUCUUUUCAAAAUUCGAAAUAUAUUUCAAAGAAGACGAAUUCAUUGAAUCAAAACGAACCGAGUUGUAUGGAUGGACAAACUUUCUCUCAAAUUGUGGUGGUUUUCUUGGUCUUUUAAUGGGUGGUUCUUUGUUAUCACUUGUUGAAAUAUUUUAUCAUUGCACGAUGAAAAAUUUCUUCAAAAGGAGAAGAGAAAUGAAGGAAAGAGUUGUAAGCUUAGAUUAA